AUGUCAGCGAGGAAGCAAGUCGAGGAGACGGCGGCCGUGGACCUGGGCGCCCUGCUGGACGCAGGUGAGGGCGCCGUGGUCACCCUGGUGGCGGGGGAGACGCGGCUGGCUGCCCACAGGGCAGUCCUGGAGAGCAGGAGCCCGGUGUUCAAGUCAAUGUUCGGCAACGGUGUGUCAGAAGUGAACGUGGAGAACGUGGAGGGCCCGGUGCUGCGGCAGCUGCUCUCCUACGCGUACACCCUGCAGGCCGCGCAGCAGCUGCCCGACAUGGCCCCCCAGCUGCUGGCGGCCGCCCACACCUACAGGUUGCCAGAGCUGAAGGACGCGUGCGAGCAGCGAGCGGUAGCGGAUCUGGCGCUGGAGAACGCGGCGGCUCUGGGUGUGCUCGCACUGAGGCACUCCUGCCCCCGGCUCCUGCAGGCUGCCGUUGCGCUUAUGAAGGACGACACCCGGAAGGUGAUGAUGACGCAGAGCUGGAAAGAGACGAAGACCCGGUACCCGCAUGCCCUGGUGGACUUAAUGGCCUUGAUCGUAGAGCCACCAGCAGAAGACAGCUCGCCGGCCGCCACAGGGGGCGGGCCCUGCCUUGCCACUCCGCGUCAGCCCCGCAGCGACCACGCCCAGACUCCCGCCGCAGCUGCGCCGGCCGAGCCCGCCCGACACACUCCCCCGCCACCUGAUGACGCAGCCGUCUCUCGCUUGCGAUCUGCUGCUGAUGUUCCAGGGGCGGUGGAGGAGGUGCGGGCGUUGCUCGCGGCUGGGGCGGACGUGGGGGCGAGGGACUGGGGCGGGUGGACCGCCCUGCACUGCGCUGCACGGAGAGGCGACGCGGCUGUGGUGCGGCUGCUGCUCUCUGCGGCGUCCGACCCCAACGCCAGGGAUCGGUGGGGGGAGACGCCGCUGCACGAUGCGGCACGGAAUGGCGAAGCAGAAGCGGCGGCUGCGUUGCUGCAGGCCGGAGCCGACAGGGGGGCGACGAAUGAAGAUGGGAGGACCCCCCUGGACUACGCCAGGGAGGAAAACCAUCACCAGCUCGUCCAGAUGCUAACAGAGCGUUAA